AUGUCGUCGCAUUCCGCCGUCAUACCCCGUUUUCGCCCACCAAGUCACGACAUGAUCAACAGACUCUCCAACGAGAUCCUGGAGCUGAUCUUCUCAUUCUCCGUCCCUCCGUCCCUUCGCGAACCCGUACCCGGAAGCGGCGCGAACUUGGUCUACUACAUGGACCGCGCAGGCGUUCUUGACUACCCCACUCUCCUUGCCCUCGUCUGCCGCCGGUGGGGCGCAGUGGCCCUGUCCAGUCAGAACAUGUAUUCCUUUCUCUUCGUCGACGCCGAGGACGAGAGCGCCCUCGAAUUCAAGCAAGCUAUGGCCUAUUACGCCGCCUACCUCGCCCGCUCGGGCUCCCGCCCUUUGACGCUCUCGAUCAGGGGUCUGCAGGACACCUGCAUCAAUCUGCUGGCCGCCGCGCCGUUCCGGGACCAUCUUGCGCGACUAAAGUGGGCAUGUAUCGACACGUAUGUCCGCGAGUUGAUGUGCAACUUCGAGGAACCCAACGGAUACGACGUGUUCCCUUUGUUCCCCGGGGUCGAGACUCCCGUCCUGGAGACGGUGCAUGUCGAUCUCGCCGAGGACCAAGGGAUGGCCACCUUCGGGGGCACGUAUCACCUCUUCAGGCGUCUCAAGCAAGCGGUGGAAGACGACGCGCGCAAAGACGAUAUGGGUGGCAAGGACGGCACGCACGAGAGCAACACGAGCGAAGCUGGCGCAGGCGAAGAUACUGCAAGCGCGGACGACAACUCAAAGAUCCUCCGCCACGCACCCAGGCUGCUAUCGUUCUCGAUGGAUAAGUUCGACUUCGAGGGGCUCUGGACUCCCCUCUCUCUGAAGAAAGCCGGCCUGGACUAUGCGAUGCUGACGUGCUUGCGCUUGUCCUACGUCCAGCUUCGCGUAGCUGACUGGCUAGAGUUCCUCGCCAAGCUGCCCCUCCUCGAGGUCUUCAGUUGCAGGCUGCUCGACGCCGAGAAUGAGGAGGAGGGUCCUGAGCACUCUGAGGGAGGAAGCAAUGGGCCGGGGGACGGAAGCGCGCAGUCGAGAGGCAAGGACGAGCAGGCGAGUGGCGAGGAGGAACAACCUCGCCCACUCACGCUUCCUUACCUGACCGAGCUUUCCCUGUUCAGUGACUUGGUCGAUAAUGUCCUGUGCACGUACCCUCCAGAUGCGCGGACCGGCACCGGAAAGUUCCUCGAUAGCCUCGUCCUCCCGUCGCUCAGAGCCUUCGCCUUCAAAACGGACAGCUUCCAGUCCGACUUCGCUAGCGACAGCGACAUAGACGACGAGGAUCAGAGCGUCACCGCGAAUCGCAAGAGUGCCACGGCGGACGACGAGAAUGCGGCCGCCAAGUAUGAAGAUGGCGCUGCGGAGAAACCCUGCAUGACAUACGACAAGUUUCUGCUGCCUGCCCUGCGAGGCCUCAUCCAGCGCUCCGGCUGCGAGGUGCAAGCGCUCACGUUCGACGUCACCUACAUGGAUCUGCGCGACCUCGUCCGCAUUCUAAGGAUCCUGCCCGAGCUUCGCGCGCUGCACCUCGACCUGAGCAUGGUUGCUUGCGAGGACGACCUGCUGGAGCGGCUUGCGCGCCGGUCAGCGGCCGGUGAGCUCGACCUCGUCCCGAAGCUCACCCACCUUGUCCUCGACAACUACGAGAGGGACCUUCACCAUCCGCAACGUAGUGUCCCCCUUCGUGAACUCCUUUGGUUUAUCGGCGAACGGUGGCCUGCGGGAUGGACGGAUUGGCAGAUUGCGAGUGUGCGUGUGGUCGUGAAGGAGGAUAUGGAGGAGCUCGAAGCGGAGUGGGAUGGUGCAGAGGGAUAUGAGGAGGUGGCCGACGAUGAGGGUGUAGCAAACGAGGAUGCGGUGAUGAACGACGAGGGCGUCGUGGACGAAGAGCAGGUAGUGGACGACGGAGAGGCCUCGGAUGUCGAAGAAGUGAUGGAAGAGGAGGAAGGUCCAAACGACGAGGAGGGUCCAAACGAUCAGGAAGGGUCGGACGAUGAAGAGGUAUCGGAUGAAGAGGGGUUAUUGGAUGAAGGGGCAUCGGAAGAAGAGGAGGCAUCGGAAGAAGAGGAGGCAUCGAAUGAAGAGGAGGCACCAGUCGACGCCGAGGAAGCUGGCAGGCAGUCCUUGCUCGUAGAGCUGAUCGAGGACCUGCGCAGCCUACGCGCCCGUGGCGACAUAGACCUGGUGGUUGGAGGAUCGACAGCUGAGCUGUACUGUUAA